AUGACUCUCACCCAGACAACCCCCUACCCCUUCCCCUUCACCACCAACCCAACAAACCAACCCACAACCAAGGGCGCCCCCAGAGACGAAACUCUCACCCUCAAGAAUGUCCGCGGUAAAAUACCCUCCAUCCAAGCCUCGACCCUCCGCACCAUGAUGUUGGAAGCGCACUCCGACCCCACAAAGAUUAUCGCCCACGCCUGCUCGUACGAUGGCCUCUCCUCGCGCCUGGUGCAGGAAGCCGGCUUCCCCAUUGUCUUCCUGGCAGGCUACGCCGUGGCCAGCUCCUAUGGACUCCCGGAUACGGGAUACAUUGCUAUGGCGGAGAUGUGCGAUAAGAUCCAGGAAGCCGUACGCGCAACGGAUAUCCCCGUUAUGGCGGACGGGGACACUGGGUAUGGAAGUCCGAUGAAUGUCAAGAGGACGGUUGAGAGUUUUGCUGCGGCUGGUGCAGCGGGCAUUAUGAUUGAGGAUCAGACUUGGCCGAAACGAUGCGGCCACACAAAAGGAAAAUCCGUUGUGUCGCGAGGCGAAGCCUACGCCCGGGUUCAAGCAGCCGUUGAUGCCCGUAACAACGGUCAGGACAUAUUUAUUCUGGCCCGUACCGACUCCCUAAUCCACGGAUGGGAGGAGGCCAUGGCCCGCGCAAAGGAGUUCAAGCGCAUUGGUGUGGACGCUGUAUUCGUCGAAGCCUUACCCGAUCGCGAGGCGAUGCAAAAAUGUGUCCAGGAACUGCAACUGCCUGUCUUUGCUAAUAUCAUUGAGGGUGGGCUGACGGAGAACCUGUCAGCCAAGGAUCUGGCUGAGCUCGGGUUCUCGGCUGUUGCGUAUCCGUGGACGCUUGUAGCGGCGAAGUUGAAGAGCAUCCGGGACACGUUGGAGGCGUUGAAGAGGAGUAUGACUACUGGGGCACCGCCGAUGAUCUUGGGCUAUGCGGAAGUUUGUGAGGGGGUAGGAUUUAACAAAUAUUGGGUAAGUCUGCUCGUGGUUUUGCGGUGGGUGUCCUUGAAGAUGUUUGCUAACUCUGGUUUAGGAUCAGGAGGUGAAGUAUGA